AUGGCUCCAAUAUCAAGUCCUGGCCAGGCUUCAAACUUCACAAGCGGGCUGACCAGUGCCCUUGCCUGUCUGGUCCCGCUGUUGGCUUUCGUCUACGUAGCUGGCGUUUUUUGGACACUCGACUAUGCAAACCGGCGCCGCAUGCCAAUGAACAAGACCCAGCUGCCAAUUGUUCGACGAUAUUCACCAUUUUUCUAUUCGUUCCUCGUUAUGACGAGUCUUGUGAUGAUUGCCCUCCCCAGCUGGGUACUGCUUCAAUACAGCUUGCAGCUAAAUUACCCCAGCAAGCGGACCGUCAUUGCCCUUCGCCUAUUUCUAUUUAACGCUUGCUGGACAAGCACGACAUCUGCCGCAUUCACUAUUUUCAUGCUACACCCAAUCUAUUCGAGACACCCUAUAUCGUCAAUCGGGACGCAGUCGAUUUGGACUCUCAUGACAUGGUCGUUCUGGGUGGCUGGCGCUGCAGUCCUCAGCAACGCCGUCCCACAGCUGUUUGACAAAACCUUUUGCGACAACUUGGUCUAUUGCGGGCAUCUUCAAGCCAUCCAAAUUAUGUCUCUUGUUGAAGUUGGCGCACUGACUGCGGGCUUACUCGUGUUGAUUUGGCUGGGAUGGCGCUGUGCACGAGAUAUAUGGCACUCUGAUGCUCAUGGGGAUGCUAGGUAG